UGGAGGCAGCUACUUAGCUCAUCUUAUCAAGAAAAGGAGACGAGAUCUGUCCUAUUCAGUUGGCUUGUGGGAAAAAAAAGAAGCUUACUGCCGCUUGCUUAAGUAAAGAUCAGAGCUCAGAAAUUAGACUGUUUUCUUAGGACGGCUUACAAGACCUAAAGCCUCCGUGCUCUGGACUGCCUUUCUGUAAACACAGAGCAGGAUUUUUUGUUCGUCGAACUUUUAACAAGUUUUAACCCGGGAGAAGCUAUUUAUUUAUUAAAAAAGUAAGCAAUUUAUUAAUUGGUAAUUUGAACUCAUUCCGGACGUUGCAGAAUACGCAAGCACCUAUAUAAUUCCAUACAGAAUCUGUAUUUUAGCGAAAUGUCGCAAAGCUGAAAAGAUUCGAUUGUCAGACCAGACACCGAUACUGCUGCUGCUCUGAAACCAGAAGUCUUCGGCAGAGUUCAAACAAAGUACUCACAGGGAGAAGAUGCCUCGCCCGGGGAGAAAUACUUACAGUGACCAGAAGCCACCUUAUUCGUACAUAUCUCUGACUGCCAUGGCCAUACAGAGUUCGCAAGAGAAAAUGCUCCCUCUCAGCGAAAUCUACAAGUUUAUCAUGGACAGAUUCCCGUAUUACAGGGAAAACACUCAAAGGUGGCAGAACUCUUUAAGACACAACCUGUCCUUCAACGACUGCUUUAUAAAGAUACCCAGGCGGCCGGACCAGCCGGGUAAGGGUAGUUUUUGGGCACUUCAUCCCAGCUGUGGCGACAUGUUCGAGAAUGGAAGUUUCUUAAGGCGCCGUAAACGCUUUAAGAUAAUGCUAUCAGAUCACCUGGCACCAUCCAAGCAAUCCGAUGCUGCCCAUUACCUACAGCAGCAGGCUAAACUGAGACUGAGUGCACUGGCAGCGACUGGCACCCACCUGCCCCAGAUGUCCUCUUACAACGUGGGGCUGUCGCAGCCGUCCACAUUCAAACACCCGUUUGCCAUCGAGAAUAUUAUCGCCAGAGAGUACAAGAUGCCAGCAGGACUGACCUUUUCUGCCAUGCAAUCCAUGUCGGCUGGUUACCCACUGCACAACCAAUUGACCAGUGCCUGGCCCCACAUGUACAGCACCAGUGUGAUAGACACAUCAGCACCCAUUUCAAUGGCCACUAAUGAUUACAGUGCCUAUGGGAUGCCCAUCAAGCCUCUUUGCCACGGAGGACAGACUUUACCGGCCAUCCCGGUACCGAUCAAACCUACCCCGGCUGCAGUCCCAGGUCUGUCGGCGCUGCCUCUACCUAUCCCCGCGAUCUUUUCGAACUGCCCUCCGUCUCUCAGCCCCACAUCCCCACAAACAGCAACCAGCCAAAGCAGUCCAGCUACCCCAAGCGAGACUCUAACAAACCCCACUUCAGCAUUGCAGUCUGUGGCUGUACACUGACACGGGCGGAUCGUCAGGACUUUAAAACCACAGGUUUUUACCAAUUCCAAAGUUUUUCUCUUUGAAAACAAACACACAGUUAUAGUAUAAAAUCGCUCGGGCAAGGAAAUUGAGAGUUACAUUUGUUUAUACAUGUUGUGUUUCUGUGUUCGAUUUUCAUUUGCAUCCUGUUUUUUUUUU